AUGGCGGCAUCUGAUGAUCAAGUGCAAAAAUCCAAGUGAGUAAAUUAAGCUACUUGGCCAAGGUUUUAGCUGCUUUGAUUCUUCAUUCUUAUCAAAAUUUUGCAUUAUGUUUUACCUCUGGUUGCGCGUUGUUUCACUCUAGGCCGAUGGAGUGGAGCGAAGAACAUGAUGUGCUUUUUCUGAGAGAAAUGCUAGCAAGAAACGUUUUUGGAACAAAGAAAGGAAGUCCAGCUCGUGGGACUGGCUUGAGAAGCGAUAGUCGACAGUCUGAAUGAAAUCCACUCUCCAAAAUUCCAACUGAAGGGUAAAAAAGCUGUGCGAGAGCGGUGGAAAAAAGUUCAGCAAAAAGAUGGGCGAGGAAGAGAAGGCAAGUGGGAUUUCUGUGAAAGAGUUAACGGAGAAGGAAUCACUGAUCGAGGAGUGGAGAGAGAAGAUACCAUACAAGCAAAGGCUGAAUCAGCAUCGAAACAGCAACUCAAGGAUAACGAGACUGCAGAAGAUAUCAAGAAAAAAGCGGUGGAGAGCGUUAAAGAGACCAAGAAGCGGAAUUCAGACGAAGGUGGAGCUUCUCCAAAACGUCGUAAGCCGAGACGUGCAGAACCACCGGUCGACUUUUUGCGAGAGAAAGCAGCGCUGACCGCGAAAUUAGUCAACAGGAGUUAUGUGCAAAACAACAGGAACAGGAAAGUCAACAGCAAAUGAUGAAAGCUAUGAUGCUUCAGCAGCAACAAAUGAAUACUGCAUUUUUGUGUGUUGUGAAAAAGCGAUUAGAUAAGUAA